UUUUCACUCACAGUCAAGUCACAGCAGUCAGUCACAGAUUUGGUGGUUCUGCUGAGUUCUGAAUGUUCUGUUUUGGGAAUUGCAAGUGGAAGUGAACAAGUUCCGCGAUUUAUUUUGAUCGGGACUAGACCUAACUGUGUCAAACAAAAUUCUUGAGCAAAUAUAAAUUUAGAUUGCAGUUGUUAUGUCUAUGGUAUUUUAAUGUUUUUAUUUUGGUCCUAAAUACAUUUUUAUAGUUUAAUUUUACAGUUCGUUAAUUGUUGGAAAAUGAAAAAAAUGUAAUUUUGAACACUCCAUAUAAGGCCUAGUCUGUCUACAAAGCUAGCCUACUUCUUGAACUUUGAUUUAUGUAAAUGUUAUACAGCAGUGGUUUAGGCGUGAAUGAUUAAUGAAAAUGGAUAUGUUUAUUGGUAUCCUGAAAGCAAUCUUUUUUGGUUUGGUAGACAGUUUAAAAGGAACUAUCGUUAUAUUUUACCUUGACAAAAAAAUCAAACAGCAAGCGAAUCAACGGUCACCUUUCAAGGAUGUGAAAAAUGAUGGAACACCCAAAAGAAGAUCAUCAAAUUUACAGACAUUGAAGAAGCAGGAAGAACCUAAGAUCCUGCAACGUACAUUGCAGUGCUGCCUGCUCAAUGGUGGUGUAUUCUGGUUUUCUCUGGUGCUGUUUGAAUACGUGUUGUUGCCGACGCUGCGCCAAGUAUUGUACAUGGUGUUCGGCCCCAGUUCAGCCACGGGUAGAGCCGUUUGGUCAUGGAUGGAACCGUUCCUUCAUUUGACAUUUAGCACUUUUUGGGUACUUCCGAUCUUUCUGCUCAGCAAAGUGGUCAACGCACUGUGGUUUCAGGACAUUGCUGACUCAGCGUACAGACACACUCGUGGAACACCUCAGCAGUUCUCUAGUAUUAGUAAGCUGGUUGCUGAUACACUCUUCAGUGUCCUCGUACAGUUCCUCUUCCUGGCACAGACUACGCUGGUAGGUUUGCUGCCUAUCCCAGUGCUUGCUGAAGCUCUCAGUCUUGUACACAUGUGUCUACUUUACUCUCUGUACUCGUUUGAGUACAAGUGGUUCAACAUGGGCUGGGAGCUGCAUCGUAGACUCACCUAUAUUGAGAACAACUGGCCGUACUUCAUUGGGUUUGGUCUGCCAUUGGCUGUACUCACUGGAUACCAUCCUAGCUACAUCAUCAGCGGUUGCAUAUUCUCCAUUCUGUUUCCACUUUUUAUCAUUAGCGGCAAUGAAGCAGAUCCUGUCACGAAUGUUUGCGACACAAGACUGAAGCUAUUUUCACCUGUGAUCACAAUCUCCAACGCUUUGUUCAAUCGCACCAUUGGAACUAGAGCAGUUAUCAGAUGAUUCUGUCAUUGUACUUAACUACGCUUGUGUCUUUCAUCAAGAAUCAUAAUGCAAGUGAAGUAUCAAAGUUUACUACCACAUCUGAUUUCAUCUAUUUACACUUUACAGAAUGAUAAAUGUGCAAAAGCAACUUAGUUUUAUUGAUUUUGUUUUGUAAUUAUAAAGUUGGUAUAGUUUGGGAUAAUUUUUUUACAUUGUAGAGUAGGCAUACAUUUUCUAAACAUAACAUACUCAAUAUCUCUCUUUGGCGUACUUCAAAACUUAAUUACUGUGACAUGUCGUGACAAAAACAAGUAUUACACCUAAUUAGUGAUGGUUAAAUCCAGGAAUUUUGAAUCUUGAAUAUUAAUCCGAAAACUAAAAAAAUCAAAUCUUGAAUCUUCGCAUCUCAAAUACCAAAAAUGAUUAAAAAUGGUCUUAUGAUGAUAAAAAAAGCAAGAAUGGAAUAGGAACCAUUUAAAAAUAAAUAUAACACUAACCAUAAAUGACUACUCAUAGCAAUGAAAAGUUACGUUAUUACUUUUGACACACGUUAAAAAUAACAGACAACUAAUCGGUUACAUUUUUUUAAUCUAUUAACCUAAAUCGAACAAUCGGUCGGUAUACUUUAUUUGGACGGCAAAUAUUCAUUAUUGGUUAUUUAUGGUUGUUGUUAAUUUUAAAUUUUUAAUUUUAACACAUGUUAAUUUUAAAUUUGUUGAUUGAUAGUAUACUCUGUUCAUAAAAUGGCAAUGUCACACACAUUACUUUAUGCAUAUUACGGCAUCAAUAACCUCUAUGGGUAGUCAAUGUCAUAGUACUAUAUUUUACGACGUCAAUAACCUCUAUGGUUAGUCAAUGUCACAGUACUGUAUAUUACGAGUAUUACGACGUCAAUAACCUUUAUGGUUAUGCAAUGUCACAGUACAUGCCUUAUUAUUCUAUUCUAAAAAAAAGUUGAUUUUCGAAUCUUGUUAAUUGAAUCUUGAAUCCGAAUCUAUCCUCAGGCUUCAGUGGAUUCAAAAUUCGGAUUUGGCACAUCCCUACACCUAAUUUACUCUGAUACCACCCCCAACCUACAAAUAAGAUUUGUAUUGAUUUAUUCUAAAUUUUGUUAUAAUAAUAAAAUCGUAAAAAAUUAAUUUCAGCAAUAUGCAAUAAUCAGAUGUGGUUGUAUGAAAAGUGGUUGUUAUAUUUACCAUUGAGAGUUUCAUUUGGACUUAAUAGUCAUUAUUACUAGAUUUAGCUGUUAGAUCUACCACAUAUACCGUACUGAGAAAUUUGUCCUAGUAUGUUGGCGUUUAGUGCUUAUUAAAUUUGCACAUUCGGUCCCUUAAAGUAGAAUUUAAUUGCUAUUCUGGUAUUUGUGUCACACUAUGGAUCGAUAUGGUUACCAUAUAAUUUUACAUAUUUUGCCAACUUUAAAAAUUUUUAAUUAAAAAAAAUGUGAAUUGAUUUUCCAGAUGAAAGAAAUGUGUAUGACCAAAAUAUAUUUUACAGUAAUAAGUAUGUAAAUAUUUUAAAUAUGUAUGACAAUUAAUGUUACUUAAAACUGCUAUUGUAAACCUCAUUCAUGAUUAGUAGAAUAGCUCAGGUGGUUUCAUAAAAGUACUUGAACAAUUCUUUGGUUGUCAUCGAGGGCAUGACUUGUACAUUAUCCAAAAUCGACAUGAUAGUUUACUUUUAAUCCAACAACGAUUCAGUCUUAGCCUUAUUUGUGAAAGUAGGCUAACAAAUGAUCCAAAAUGAGCUCAGUGAUAAACACCAUUUUACUAAAAAAUUUACAGCCAAAAAGAGUUGUCAGUCAAACAUAGAAUUACAGCCCGAUUUCUGUAGAUUUAGAUACAUAAAUAUACUGGUUAGGUUACCUGUCCUUUCAUUUUAGCGAAUUUCUCAUAUAGGGCAUUAUCACUGUAGGUCUGGCAGACCAGGACCAGGGACUGUUUAACUUUUUCUUUCUAUCCGAUUUUGAUGAAAUUUUGUAUGAACGUGAAAACCUACAUUUAUUUGAACAAGUGCAUGAACCAGCAUGAUCGGACUAUGGGAAUUGGUGUUUAUGUGAUAAAAAUAGGUUUUAAAAAAAAAUGUUUAACCCUAAAAACAUAAAAUUUUGCAAUUUCUUUCCAAAUUGUUUUGUACAGCUUAAAAAACUAAAAAUUUAAAAUCCCAUGUUAUUCUUAUGGAUGAAUAAACUGUUGUAGUUUGCUUGUUCAUGAAAAUAUUUUGAUAAAAUUUGGAAAAUUUAUUAUUUCCUCUUACUAUUACUAUUUCACUAAAAUAACCUUGUAUUUUCUUCCCUGUAGCAGCAAAGCUAUCUACUCAUUAAACUAAUGCUAUUUAAAUGGGGAAUAAAUCUUAAAUUUUUAAGGAGAUAUUUAGCGAAAAUCUAGUCAAUGCAGAUGGAAAUUCUAUUUAUCGGCAGGUUCACUAGGGAGAAGGUAUUUUUUUGUUCUUGUUGUCAAAUCAAUCAUGUUAAUACAGUAUAAUAAUACAAGACUGUGUAUUUUGUAUUAUGGUAAAAAUCAAUUUCCUCAUAUGUAAAUUUUCUUAACAUUUGACGCUAAGUCUAUAUUUUAUUACAAGUUUUAACACAUAAAAUAAGUAUUUUACAAUAAUAAACAAAUAUACAGGGUGACAAUUAAGUCUGGAACCUCUUUUAAUUUUUAAACCCCAAUAGAAAGAAAUACCAAAGUUCACUCGUGCUUACUGGGGAUAGUAACGCACACAUCUGCCCAAUUACCGACUGGAUAACCCCUUUGGGGGACGGUCCACAAGGAGUCAGACAUAAUUCUUAAGUGGCAGCAUAGGUUGAGUUUGGUAUCAAAUUAAAGGUCUACGUUUGGAAAAUACAACACCACAAAUCCGAACUCAAACGGACAACCAAGUCAAAAGUGGCAGCUGUUCAAAUAUUUUUUUAAUCUGCCAUUUUGAAUCUUUGAACGGCUGUCAUUUUUUACCCAGCUGAUGUUUUGAGCUCAAAUUUGCGGCAUUGUAUUCUAUUAAUUACCUGUAAUGUGAUGUGCAUAUCGACCUAUGCUUACGUUUAUGAUUUUCAUCCGACUUCUAGCAGGUGCCAUUGUCCGUUUGAGUUCGGAUUUGUGGCAAUGUAUUAAUUUACCAACAGAGACCUUUAAUUUGAUACCAACCUCGACCUAUGCUGCUAUUUAAGAAUUUUGUCUGACUCCUUGUGGACCGUCCCCCAAAGGGGUUGUCCGGUCGGUCAUUAAGCAUAUUUGUGUGUUAAUAUCACCAGUCAACACAAGUGAACUUUGGUUUUUUUUUUAUUGUUGAUUUAAAAUUUUAAAAAGAGGUUCCAGAUUUAAUUUUCACACCGUAUACUAAUGCCUUUUGUAAACACCUAUAAUAUGCUAUUUUAGUCCAUUAACUAUUUUUAUAUUCAAGUUAUUGAAUCAGUGGUGUUGCUUAAUAAAAACAGUUUUCUAAUUAUUUUAUGAAGUAUAUGUCUACAAAUAUAAUACAAUUCGUCAUUACUUUGUAUUACUUACGUCAUUACUACGUACUGAAAACUACUGUGUAACUAUAUUUGGUGAUAGUUUUUUUUCUCUUGUGUGUGAUUUAUAAUUUUGGAUUGGUUUAUUAACUUUUACUAUAAACUGAUUAAAAAAGCUUUUAAAGCUGACAAGUCAUUGAGAUUUAUUUCAAGAUAUUGUCUAGGUAUUAAAUAUGUGUGUUUUCUUUAUUUUUUAAAAUUUGAAAAUACUAUAGCAUUGAUUUUAAACAAUUUAGAAAUUUAAUUUUGAUUUAAUUUUUAGCAGUGGCCCAUUUUAAAUGAUACUAUCUGGAUUCAAAAAGAAGAAUCUUGGUUGUUUGGUUGACGCUGUAAGCUUACACUUUCCGUCAACAUUUACGAUUUGUAUAUUCUUUACUGUGCUUGCUUUAUGGAUUUGUUUUUUGUUUUUUUUUUUGUAUGUUGAUUUUAAAUUGAAAAUAUAUAUUUAGGAUAUUUGAAAUGCAUGUUCCUUUUAUUUAAAAUAAGUGAACUGUGGUGAUAGAUUAAGAUUUGUAGUUAAUAAGAGAUUUUUAAUUUAUUUGUACAUUACUGUGUCAAAUAAUGUAAAUAAUUUUUACAAUAAUUGAUUGUUGCUUUUUUACUUUUUUUGUUAUUACGCUUUUGUCACUCAAUUUUGAAAUACAUGUAAAGUUAGGCCUACAGUAAAUAUAAUUCACUCAUAGACCAAACUUAAAGAAAUUUAAAUUGUGCAUCUUGCUUCCAGUAUACUAUACAAUAUGACUUAACAAAACUGAAAACAUAGAUUUUCUACGUGUGAGUUGUUUUCAUGCGACUACAAAGUAUUUUUUGGCACAUUUUUGAUUGACUUGCAGACUGAUAAAGCUAAUACGUAAAUGGCAUGUACAUGUGUUUGUAUUUAUGAAAAAAUAGUGUCUGUAAAAUAAAGUCUGUUGAAACUUGUAAUUAUUGCUAAGCAAAGCAAACUGAUUACUUAGGCGGCUAACCCUUAGUUUUUGGUAAGAGACUAUUUUUGGUGGUCUUAAUUAGUCAGCUGUACUGACUGCUGUCUUUUUUAUUUAAAUUUAAAAAAUGUUUAAUAUUACAGUUUUUGUGUACCUCCAUGUAAGUGGCAUUUUUUAAUGUUUGGUUUUGAAAGGUGAUGGUCCAAACCCUGGUCUUGUUACUAUAAUGUCGACCUGUUCUUGCUCGCAUUACUAAUUGAUUUUAUCGGAUGAAUUUGAAAUGGCCACUAAAAGUUGUAACUAGCCAAUAUAAACAAUCUAAAGGCCAGCAGCAGGCAAAAAAUGUUUUUCUUCCAUUGCAGUGAAAACAACUGUUUUUAAUACAAUAGUUAUUUGUGUAACUAGUGAGCAAAGUGGCACUUUGCUGCACACGAGAGCAAUGAUCUCGAGUGCAGCAAAGGCCUUUUGCACUCGUGUUACACAUUAUAUUUUUCCUACAGUCACUAUAAAGCAUAUAAAUAAUUAGUCUAUCAAACACUAUACAACACGUUUUUAGGUUCAGCUGGCAACACAAAUAGGUGCCCUAGAGAAAGUAGUCACCGGUCCGUAUCACUCCGCUAUUUUUUCCUCGGCAAGCAAUGUGCUCCGCGACUUGAGAAAAUAGUUCCGUAUGUUUUUGUAAUUUGAAGUGGUUUCCGCGCCUAAACAAAUGCUUUAAAUAAAGGUAUUUUCCUGUUUAUUAAGAACGUAGUUAUGUUUUAAAAACCUUUAAAAGAAAAGUCCAGAAAGUUCAGAAAUACCGAAACUAGUGAUGGUCAAAACCAGAAAUUUCGAAUCUCAAAACCGAAACCGAAACUUCGAAUCCCGAAUCUCAAAACCUAAACGCGAAACCAUUUUACUUAGCUGGUUACAAAGGUUAAGGUUACAGAAAAAAUACAGGUAAUAAUAAAAAUUUUAAUGAAAUCAAUACUGUAAGAGGUUGACUCCUGACACUGACAUAAUAACAUAAAUAUGUGAAUGAUAAACCCAUACCAACAUAAUUCUUUCUGAAAUUUCAGAAUACAAUUUACUGUGUUUGCUCUAUUGCUAUCAGAUAGUGUGGAAACAGUGUUAAAAAUAAUAAUAAUAAUGCAAAGAGUGCCAAUAGAUUCAAGAAUAAAACUGACAAAAUCUUCAAUUUCGAAACUUUUGAAUCUCGAAACUCGGUGAUCGAAUCUCGAAACCGAAACUUUUCCAAAGUUUUGAUGGUUUUGAAAUUUGAGAUUCGGUUUUGACACAUCACUAACCGAAACUAUAAACACGAAAUGACAGGUUAAAUCGUUAUAAUUGUCAAUCAGCUGCUCAUAGUAUUAUUAUCUUUAAGUGUUGCCAACCUAUUUCCAAGCGCACACAGAUUUCGUGCAUAAAAGAACCACGCUGUUUUGUGUUGUUUCGUUGGAAUCCUGAUGUGCGCCAAAGUAUAAACCGUACG